UACUACUAUUUAGUUCCCACAAUAGACAAAAGGCAAUGAUUUUUGUGAACCACAACUGAAAGCCGCAAGUGAUAGAGAGCGAGAGUUACUGUUGUGAACUGGAAAAUGAUGAAAACCUUGACAAGUUCUUGUUGCUCCAAGCCCAUCAUUGAGAGGCAUAAUGAUGUAGGGUUUUCUUGUUUCAAGGAUCUUUCUCUUAAUAGACCUCAACUAUGCUUAUUUCCUUCAAAAGAUGUUGCUAGAAUCCGGUUCUUGCAUUUGCUUUCUUUGCAACACAAGCGUCUGCACCCUCUUCUUUCAUCACAGGACUCGCAGGUGGAGUUGGAAACGGUGGAAACUCAACCUGAAAAAGAAAUUCCAUCAAAGACUGUUAAUGUCAGAUUCCAGUUAGAGAAGGAGUGCUCCUUUGGAGAACAUUUUUUUAUAGUAGGUGAUCAUCCAAUGUUAGGGUUAUGGGACCCUGACAAUGCUGUACCACUGACUUGGUCUGAAGGACAUGUUUGGACAGUAGAGCUGGAUGUACCUGUUGGAGUAUCAAUCCAGUUCAAAUUCAUUCUUAAAACUAGCACUGGGAACCUUUUAUGGCAGCCGGACCCUGAUCGGAUAUUUGAAUCCCGUGAAACUGAGACCAAUAGUACAACUGUUGUUUGCGAAGAUUGGGAUAAAGCUGAACAUCAGAAAAUUAUAGAGGAAGAGGCAUUAACUAAUCAAGACGGACCUCUUCUUAAUUCUGAGAUGGCAAUCGUUGCAGAAAACUUGACACCUUCAGAGGAAGAACUAGUCCCUGACAUAAAUCUUACCUCUCCUGGAGAGGAGCACUUACAAGCAUUAUCUGAGGAAUUUGCCACUGGCAAUGGUGAUCCUUCAACAGAGAAGCCCUUGGCUAUUGUUGCAGAGAACAUUAGUUACCCAACAGAAGACUUCAUAGCAAAUGCUGCAGAUGAUGGAGUGCUUGAUUUGAAGAGAACUAACAACCCAGAUGAUGAAGCUUUGGAUAUUUCAAAUAAGAAUGUUUUGGUAGCAGAAGACAUUGGUGAUAUCAACAGAGCAACUGAAGAAGUUGAGGGAAAUAUGAUAGCAUAUGAAGGUAAUCCUGUUCUAGUGCCUGGCUUGGGUCCAUUAACAACAGUGUCAACUGAAGAAGAGAUGUUGAGUGAUGAUGAGAAUAGUACAAUUAAUGCAUUGAUUGGGGUCGAUGAAGCCUUAGAUCACAAUUUGUCUGAGGGUUAAGGGAGGCAAUAUGUAGUUUUCCCCUUGCAAAAUCUGCCAUGGUUGUUGGUAUUGCGGCUGAUAUAGUUAUGCCUUUUCCUUUGCGAUGUUAUUUUAAUGCCAGCAUAAUAAUAUUCAGUUAGAUGAGAAGCCAGAACCUGAAGGUGAACAACCGGAAGAAGAAACAACUGCAGUAGCCAAGGACGAUGAGGAGCAGCCCAACCAGCAUAUUCAGGAGCCCCCAGUAGCCAAAGAAGAACUUCCUGAUGUGGAGCCUUUUCACAGCAAUGUGUUGCAAAGUGAUGUCCAGUGGGGUCGUAAAACAUUGCAGAAGCUUCUCAACGGUUUAAGAUUUCUAUAGCUCAUCUAGACUAAACUAGAUAUUACAUACAGUCAAUGAAGGAGGCAUGCUCAUUGCUAUGCUUCAUUUCUGUUAUAUUCUAAAGAAGGCCUGGCAAAUAAAAAUGAGGGUUAGGUAUUGGUAGUGCAUUAUUGUUGUUAGUGUGUAGCAUGUACAUACAAACACUGCUUCCUUUUAUUCUGUUGUGUAUUCUACCAUGUGAAGUAACCAGAAUUUUGUACUAUGCGUUCAUGGCGUGUUCUGUAUUAAUACCAGGAGUUAACAAGCAAUCCAUUUGGUAAUAUGUAAA